UCUUUACCAUGGAUUGGAUGAAGGUGGUAACUAUCGGUGCGGUGCUGGGCGUGGCGGCGGCGGCGCGGCGCUUCCCCGCCGGGUUCAAGCUGGGCACGGCCACCGCUGCCUACCAGGUCGAGGGCGGUUGGAACGCCAGCGACAAGGGGGAGAGCAUCUGGGACCACUUCGUCCACUCCAGGCCAGAGGUCAUCAGCGACCUCAGCAACGGCGACGUGGCCUGCGACUCCUACCACCGCUGGAGGGAGGACAUCCAGCUGCUGGUAGACCUUAACAUGGACUUCUACAGAUUCUCAAUAGCGUGGCCGCGAGUGCUGCCGACCGGGUUCCCGAACCGCGUCAGCAAGGACGGCGUCCGGUACUACAGCGACCUGAUAGACGGGCUGCUGGAGAAAGGCAUAGAGCCCCUGGUCACCCUGUACCACUGGGACCUGCCGCAGCCUCUCCAGGACUUGGGAGGCUGGACCAACCCGCAGAUCGCAGACUGGUUCACGGACUACGCGCGUGUGGUGUUCGAGCAGUUCGGGGAUCGCGUAAACACCUGGCUCACCAUCAACGAGCCGCAGUCGGUCUGCGAUGGCGGGUACACCGGUCUGCUUGCCCCGGGGCUGGAGUCCGAGCAGCGAGGGGCGUAUCUGUGCACGAAGCAUGUGAUGCUAGCGCACGCGAAGGCCUACAGGCUGUAUGAGAAAGAAUUUAAGCCUAAGUAUGUAAAAGGGCAGGUGUCGCUCACCAACCACAUGAUGUGGUACGAACCGGAAACCGCCCAGGACGCCGAGCUCACGGAACUCGUUAAAGACUAUGCGAUCGGUCGCUACUCCCACCCCAUCUUCUCGGCGGCGGGGGGCUGGCCGCCGGCGCUGGAGCGCCACAUAGCACAGAGGAGCAGAGAAGAAGGCGAGCCGCGCUCCAGGCUGCCACCUUUCACGCAGGAAGAGAUCGAGCUGAUCAGGGGCUCAUACGACUUCUUGGGGCUGAACCACUACACGACGAAGACAGUGCGCGCGGUGGCCCCGGGCGAGGCGACCGGCACAUACGUCAGCGGAGGCUUCGCGGAGCUGGGGGCCAAGCUCGGCGCCCGGCCCGAGUGGCGCACCGCCACCUCAAGCUGGCUCAGUAUUCAUCCCGAGGGUUUCCGCUCCCUGUUGUCGUAUAUCAAGCAGCAGUACGGCAACGUGAAGAUCUUCAUCAUGGAGAACGGAGUGUCAGGCUCCGGGGAGGAGCUGGAUGACCAGUCCAGGGUCGACUUCUACCGGGACUACUUAGCACAGGUGCUGCUGGCCAUGGAGCAAGACGGAGUGGACGUGAUUGGCUACACUGCCUGGUCGCUCAUGGACAACUUCGAGUGGAUGGACGGAUACCAGUGAGUAAUGACCUUGAGCGUGUGCAGGUGAUGACCAUGGAGCAGGACGGAGUGAACGUGGUGGGCUACACCGUCUGGUCGCUCAUGGACAACUUCGAGUGGAUGGACGGAUACCAGUGAGUAAUGACCUUGAGCGUGUGCAGGUGAUGACCAUGGAGCAGGACGGAGUGAACGUGGUGGGCUACACCGUCUGGUCGCUCAUGGACAACUUCGAGUGGAUGGACGGAUACCAAUCUCGCUUCGGGCUGCACCACGUGGACUUCUCGUCUCCCUCGCGCACGCGCACGCCGCGGCGCUCUGCGCGCUACAUGGCGGCCGUGGCGCGCACCAAGGACAUCGACGCACCAUACCACUUCGACA